AGCCCGCCGUCGCGCGAGAGGUCCAGUGGUCGUUGUUGAACGGACGAUGUUGUCGCACAAGAGCUCGUCCAAGGCGCCGCCCGGCGCGAUGCGCAAGCGCAAGCUCGAGUCGUCGACGAGCCGCCGGCAGUCGAUCCAGCGCAUGGUGUCUGUCACCGUCUCCAACCAGCUCGAGCAGAUUCGCGACCCGCGGGCGCGCGGCAUCUUUUUCCUCUUCCGCGACUCGGGCGAGUCGAUCCGCGAUUACACGCUCCGCACACUGGAGCAGUCGAACGCCGGCAGCACGCUCGACGGCUCCAUGAUCCUCCUCAGUCUCAUCUGGGUCGGCAUCUACAUUAGCGUCAAUCGCGACGGACCACGACCUCUCCUCGACAGCACGACCCAGUCCGACAUCAUCAAGGUCGGCUAUGCGCUCGGCGUCAUCUUCCUCUGCGAUUAUAUGCUGCGGCUGUACGCGUCCCCGCUGCGAGGCAACCACUUUAGCAGCUUCUUCUCCAUGGUCGACUUUGUCUCGUUCGUGCCGAUGGUCAUCGAACUCGCGCUUGGCAACGACAUUCUCUCGCGCUGGGCCGACGACCCGACGCGGCGCCAGCUCGUGUCGAUCCUCCAAGUCACCAAGACCGUCCGCAUCCUGCGCUCGUACCGCAUCCUCAAGUACAUCAAGUCGACGGUGACGCGGCAAAUCACGGCAACCGUCCUCACCGUCAUUUGCAUCAUUGUUGCGAUGGCUGGGAUGCUUCAGAUUCUGGACCAAUGCGCGGCGCAGUGCCCGACCGUGUGCCAGUCCAUGCUCGUGCAGACGUGCAUGGACCCGACGGCAGAGCGGGCGCCCGAGACGCUUGCGUGUCUCGAGCUCAACGACAAGUUUUACUGCUGCACGUGCCAAAACCUCGGGUUCUUUGACUGGGUCUAUUUCGUCGUGGUGUCGAUUUCGACGCUCGGGUACGGCGACAUUGCGCCGCGCAGCCGGUUCGGCCGCCUGGCCACGUCGCUCAUGAUCAUGCUCACGUUCGUGCUCGUACCGAUUCAAGUCAACAAGUUGAUUGCGACGAUCUCGUCCCACUCGGGGUACACGAAUUCGUACAAAGAGUACCGGACGCACACGCACGGGAUCAUUACCGCGGGUGGCGAAGUCAGCGCGGGGGCGCUCAACAACUUUUUACGGCAAUUUUUCCACCCCGACAACCCCAACUGGAACGAAAAGAUUGUCAUCUUGCACCCGUCGGCUCCGACGAGCGAAGUGAAAAAGAUCGUGCACCAGUACGAGCCCCGCGUCCAGUACAUUGUCGGCUCGGCCAUGAACGAGCUCGACCUCGAGCGCGCGAUGAUCAGCCGCGCGUCGAUUUGCUACGUCAUGAUCAACAAGCACUCGCAUCGGUCGUCCAACGAAGACCAGUCAAGUACGCUGCUGACUGCUGCGUUCCGUGGCUCGAACGCCAAGAUUCCCAUCUACUCGCAAGUGUACUCGUCCCAGAACAUGGGCCACUGCACGCUCUCGGGGGCGUCCGGCGUCGUCUGCAUCGAGCGCCUCAAGCUCGGCGUUGUGGGUCUCAACUGCUCCAUCAUGGGCCUCUCGACGCUCCUCUCGAACCUCCUCGAUACGGUCUCGCCCAACGUCGAGUUUCUGUACCCGUCCGAGUCGUGGGAAGCGGCGUAUUUGCGCGGCUACAUCCACGAGAUUUACAAGGUCGACCUCCCGCGCACGUUUUCCGGGCUCACAUACGGCGAACUCAUCUUGUUUCUCUUUGGGACGAUCCAAGUGAUCCCGAUCGCGAUGCUGACCGACCAAGGCGCGCGGAUCAUGCCCAUGGACUUUAAAAUCGGCACGACCGCCGACCCGACGAUUUGUUGCACGCUCUACGUGCUCGCGGCCGGCAUCUCGGUCGCGGACCGCAUCGCAGAGUACCCGCUCGAGCAAAUCCGCGAGUUCCGCCAAACGCUGCGCAAGCAAGAGCGGUACAUGGCCGAGCGCGCCGCCAACCGCCAGCGCACCGAAGCCGUGAUCGUGGCGCCGGCGCCCGAGGCGCCCACGCAGGACGACGCCGUGCCCAGCACGGCGGACGCGGAGCCGUCUGUCACGACGGAGAAGCCCGACGUCGUCGCUAACCUCAAGGUGCAAGGCUUUGCCGCCAUGCGCAAAACGAUCCAUGGCGUCAAGCACGCGUUUGAAAAGUCGUCACCGUACAAGGAUUUCCUGGACAAGCCACUGCCCGACGUGCUCAGCGGCCACGUGGUCGUUGUCGGGCUGCCGCUCUCACUGCACGACCUCAUCACGCCGUUGCGCCAGCACAUUGUCGAGACGUCCACCGUGCAGCCGAUUGUCUUUAUCUCGUCGUUUGGAAUGACGGAAGCGCACUUUCUGACGAUUCCGGACCCCGAGGGCAUCUACUUUUUCCAAGGCUCCCCGCUGAGCUCGUUCGAUCUCGAGCGCAUUCACAUUGGCAGCGCCGCGGCCAUCAUCAUUCUCGCCUCGACGUCGUCCAAGCGCCGCUACGUGGACGAAAACAUGGUGGACGCGGACGCGAUCACGACGGUGCGCUACAUCAUCGAGGCGUGCGGGUCCGCGACGCCCAACCUCAUCGUGGAGCUCGUCAAAGCCACGAACGUCAAGUUUAUGAGCUUCAUCGUCAAGCGGCCGCCGCGCCGCGGUCGCCGACAGAGCGACGGCCGCCACUACCGGACGUUUGGCUCCGUCGCGCUCAAGUACGCCAACACGAACGGCCUCGAUGCGACCAAGAACAGCGACCAGAAGAUCGACAUUGAACACAUUUGCGAGCCGUCGUACGCCUCGGGACGCGUGUAUGUCAGUGGCAUGAUCGACUCGCUCAUGAGCGAGUGCUACCAAAAACCCAACAUUACAUCGGUCGUCAACCUGCUCAUGUUUGGGUCCCCCGAAGACGACGAGUGCCAACGGCUCUUUCAAGUCAAAGUGCCCGCACUGCUCGUCGGGAAAGAGUUUGCCGAGUGCUUUCGCAAGUGCCUCAAACUUAACCUCAUUUGCAUCGGGUGCCUCCACCUUGCGUCCGACAAGUCACCGUCGUACGUGCACACGAACCCGCCGGGCACGAUGAAGAUCGUCGCCACCGACUUGCUCUAUCUGGUCGGCAAGCCGUGCGCCGAACUGCCCCUGUAGAAAAGGCACCCAAGCCCCAUGUUAUGGACUAACUUAUACCAAUAUAUAUUCUGCCCU